AGUAACCUUAGUGACGUCACUCUGCUAGUGGGUUUUGGGAACUGCAUUCCAGCCGCGAAUUUCAGUGGACGUUUUCCGCCCCUAGGUUGUAACGCUGCGGUCUUUGCGGGAUCCUUAACUGUUUCCUUCCACGCCAAACAUGAGUGGAAGAGAAUGCUGCGUGACGAACUGUUACAGCAGUUCCCACGACCACCAGGGCAGGAUGCUCCUGAACGGCCUGAGCUUCCACUGUUUCCCUGCGUGGAGGAAGAAGGAAGGCGCCCUCAUAUCGGAGCUGACGAGGCGGCGGAGGGCCGCUUGGGUGGCUGCCGUGCGGAGCAGAGACAUCACCUUCGACCGCAUCCCGUCCUCCAUGAGAAUCUGUUCCAAACACUUUGUCUCCGGAAAACCAGCAUAUGAGAUGCUGGACUCGGAUCCAGACUGGGUUCCGUCUCUGCACCUUGGGCACAAUGUUGAUAAUGAUGAAGGCAAAGGAGACUCCAGGAACAAAAGAAGAAGACUGUCUUCUGAGGAGAAACCAGCAGAAGGAGCAGAUGGUGAUGCUGAAGUCAAGAAACCUCCUCCGCCUCCUUGGAAAGACGUAAAAACUGCUCUGCAGUCUCUUCUGGAGAGUAGAACCACCGUAACCCAGCAGCCCAGAGACGAUGCGCAGAACCGAGCUGCUGGGAAGAGGACCGUCGCCAGCUUCCGGGAAUUUUUCAGGAAUGCUCUGGAGUCAUCUCUGGAGGCCUCCAUCCAGGCCAGAGCUCGAUCCAACAGUCGGUCAUCAUCCACAGAGUAUGAAGUGAAUCUGAACUUUAAGCUUCCAUCUCCUGUAGGAGAACCAGCAACCUGUAAAGAUUCCCCCUCCUGUGUGAACUGCUCCCGGAUGCUGAGGAGGAUUCAGGAGCUGGAACAGAAGCUGGUUGAACUCGACAGCAAACAGGAACAAGCAGACAGCGAGGAGGCUCCUGUGGGUGGGACCCAACCAGGCCAGGACCAACACAGUUCUGAGGAGGAGGAGGAAGACAUGGAUGAGUGGGAUCAGAGAGGAAACCCAGCAGAACUCCCACAGUCACUCAUCUUCAUCAGCUAUAGUCUCAUGAACCAAAAAGUCCGCUUCAGACUGGACCGCUGGAUCUGACGUUUGUUUUAUAACCAUCUGUUAAGAACUUUUAUUUCUGUUAAAUUAUUCAAAUCUAACCUGCACACAUUCCUUUCACCAGACAACAAAGCUGUAUUUACAACCAUCUGAAACCUCAGUAUCAUAGAAACAACAUUAACGUGGAUCUGAUGGUUUCCAUUAAUAGUAAGACCUGAGAGAACGUUUCAGUCUAGCUCUAGAGAUGUUUUAAAUCAGGGCAGUCAAUAUUUUUCUUUUAUAUCAGAACAUUUUGGGGGCCUGAAAGAUCUAUACUAGACUUAACCAACCUCUCUGAAGCUGCAGCUUCUUUCUGUUCCUAAGCCUCCAGAGAUUCUCGAACAGAGGGAAGGUCCCUGGAAUAGAUCAUAUCAGCAGAGGUCCUCGCUCUGAAGACCUGUCUCCAGUCAGAGCUCAUCGCUCUGAUCUGGAAACAGUCUCCAAUCCCGCUGAGCAGUUUGUGUUAUUUUCAUUUGUUUACUAGGAAACUGGAGCUUUUCACUCACUGAAGGUUGGAAUCAGAUAUGGACAUAUACUGUUGGUCUUCCUGUUGAUUUUUCUAAUGAAGUCGGUACAAAUCCUGGGAGAUUAAAACAGCCAGAUCCAAACAGAAGAAAAAGAAGUAAAUUUUCUUUCCAGCGAGGAGUUUAAAAACCUCUGAAUGGUUCCCAUCACUGAUCUCUCGGAUUGAACCAUCUCUGUAAGCGGAAGCUGCUGCUGUUUUCCUCUCAAAUCUCUGUCACCUUCCUAGUCUUAAUUUGAGUACUGUUUAAUUCCAGGGAUUCAUUUUCCCACAAUAGUGGAGGAGCAGGAUCUACGUUUGUGCUGGAGCUGCUUUUGAGAGGAAGUUUUCCUAUUUAGUCAGAAUCUGUUAAACCUGUUAAAGAAAAAAGUGUUAUGGUUAAAAUAAAAUCAGAGUAAAGAUUAUUUUAUUUUGUGCAUUAAAGAAACAAAAUGAAACACUAAUAAAGUUAAUAUUUGUGUUGCCACCCUCUGUUUGUCCUGAUUGAUUUAAUCACUGCUUGGCUUUUGACAUCAGCUCACAUGCAGCGUGUCAUUCGGUCUGCUGAGAAGGUGUUUGGCUGCAGUCUACUGUCGCUCCAGGAACUGUACACCUCCAGGACCCUGAAGCGGGCAGGGAAGAUUCUGACUG